AGGUGGUUACCAUAUAAGGACCGCUAUAUAGUUAUUACUGGAUGUGAUACAGGUAUAGGUCACGCUUUAGCCAAAUCUCUAGACCACAAAGGAUGCAAUGUUAUUGCUGGCUGCUUCAGACCAAAUGAAGAAGGCACCAAGACAUUGGUAAACACAACAUCUAAGCGAUUGAGAGUUGUCGAGCUUGACGUUACAUCUGAUGAAUCUGUGGCACAAUUCUUACAGAAUACAAAGGAAAUACUUGGUUAUGAAGAGCUAUGGGGUUUGGUACAUAAUGCAGGUAUGCAGUAUUAUGGUGAAGUAGAAUUUAUAACCAUGGACUAUUUUCAAUAUAAUAUGCAAGUGAAUCAUUUUGGUGCUGUACGGAUGUGUAAAAGUUUUAUUCAUCUUCUAAGACAAUCUAAAGGUAGAAUAGUUAAUGUAACUAGUGUACUUGGUUUAUACACCGUAAAGUAUCGUUCUACUUAUUCUCCUGCUAAAUACGCUUUGGAAGUAUUUUCUGACAUUCUUCGUCGUGAAAUGAAGAAAUUUGAUGUUGAAGUAUCUAUUGUAGAGCCUGGAGAUUUCAGUGAUGUUACUAGCAUACAACAGGUAGACCGAAUGAAAGAACAAAAUGCUUAUCUGUGGAAUCAGUGUCCAGAUUAUGUCAAGGAUGCGUAUACUGAUGAUUACGUAAAAAAUUUAGGACUGCAUUUGGUGGAGGACAAUAAGAAAGCUUACAAAAAUGAUGUGUCCUUUGUAACAGACGCUAUAGAAGAUGGUCUGUUCUCCACUCAUCCAAGUACUCGAUAC